AUGGCUAUUCUUUGGAAAGUGAUUAUCACUCUCUCGGUAUUAUAUAUUAUAGGGACUGAUGCAAAUCGAGCUCGUCGUCUUCGACGACACGCAGUUAAUCCAAACUCACAAUUAAAUGAAUUCAAUUCUAAACCAGAAGCUCGACAACUACCACAAAGACCAAAUUCUCAAAUUUUGAAUGCUCAAGGUCAACAACAUGUUGGUCAAAGUGAAAUAGGAUUACCAAAAGAUGGUAGCUUAGGACAAAAUCAAGCUGGUCGACAAUAUUAUCCAUAUCAAGGUCAAAUGGGUGCCGGCUAUAAUCAACCGGGUAUCGGUAAUAUAAACCCAUAUGGAACUGGACAAUAUGGGCAAUAUGGCCAAGGAGGGGGACAGUUUGGUCAAGGAGUGGGACAGUUUGGUCAAGGAAUAGGACAGUAUGGUACAGGGUUGGGACAAUAUGGUUCUAGUUACAAUCAAUAUCCAAGCUCAGGUGGUUACUAUUCAGGUUAUAAUAGUGGAAGCAAUUAUAAUCGUCCAAGUUAUUCAUCUAAUUAUCAAUCAGGGAUGGGAGGCAGUAGUUAUUAUGGUAACAGAUGGAAUGCUGGUCAAAAACAACAAGUGAAUACGUUCAGUAUUUUUCUUUCUUCUUUACUUGCUUUAGCUAUCUGUUCUAUUGCUGUUUGA